UGCAGCCACAGUGACCCAGGGAGGGUCUUCUUAAGGAACCAGAGGGAAGCUUUCAUGAGGUUUGUGCAUGUUGCUGAGGCGUGUUGCUGUGGCCCCACAUUCUCUGGUCUGGGAGCCAUAGAUGUCUGUCACGGCUUCAGUGAGAUCAGACCUGAUGCUGAACCGUAUCUGCCUCGUCCUGACCAGAAACACCCCUGGGGUGUGCUUGUACUUCUGCUCUGGCCGGUUGUCCGCGUGACUCUGAAAAGGCACUGUAACCCCCAGUCACUGUGUCCGUGAUGUGCGGUCACCUCUGGGCUCCAGGGUGCACACCCCGCCCCGUAGCCUGGGGGCGCUGCUGAGUGGGGACGUGGAAUCAGACAGAAGCAGCAGGUGCAGGCUCUGCCCUGUGUUGUCUGUGACCGUGACUGUGUCUGCAGUAAGAGCAAGAGCGACUCAUGCUGGCUUGUCCGUGGGGCGGCACUGCUCUUCACCCUAGAGCUGUCCCUGUGCCCCUGACGCCCUCGUGGGAGGCCGUCGACGCUGUGACGUGUGAACGGAAGCUCGGUGUCAGUGCACCUGCUGUCUCUGCUGACACCCUGGUUGGGUGGGGUACGAGGAGAUGAGUGAGCAGAGCCGUGCCCUUCAUCUGGCUGAGGAUAAAGAUAAAGUUUCUCUGACCAAGACCCCAAAGCUGGACCGCAGUGAUGGAGGGAAGGAGGUGAGGGAGCGAGCAACCAAACGGAAGCUGCCCUUCACCGUGGGGGCCAAUGGAGAGCAGAAGGACUCGGACACAGAUGCCUCCAGCUCAGUCCAUGUCGUGGUACUGCAAGGCUGGUUCGCUCCUCGAAGGGCCAUGGCAUGAAAUGGAGGUCCCUAGAAGCAAGAAGAAAGAGAAGCAGGGUCCUGAGCGGAAGAGGAUUAAGAAGGAGCCUGUCACCCGGAAGGCCGGGCUGCUGUUUGGCAUGGGGCUGUCUGGGAUCCGAGCCGGCUACCCCCUCUCCGAGCGCCAGCAGGUGGCUCUCCUCAUGCAGAUGACUGCCGAGGAGUCUGCCAAUAGCCCAGUAGACACAACACCAAAGCACCCCUCCCAGUCGACAGUGUGUCAGAAGGGGACACCUAACUCUGCCUCAAAAACCAAAGACAAAGUGAACAAGCGAAACGAGCGCGGAGAAACCCGCCUGCAUCGCGCGGCCAUCCGCGGGGACGCCCGGCGCAUCAAGGAGCUCAUCGGCGAGGGCGCGGACGUCAACGUCAAGGACUUCGCAGGCUGGACGGCGCUGCACGAGGCGUGUAACCGCGGCUACUACGACGUCGCCAAGCAGCUGCUGGCCGCGGGCGCGGAGGUGAACACCAAGGGCCUGGAUGACGACACCCCCCUGCACGACGCUGCCAACAACGGGCACUACAAGGUGGUGAAGCUGUUGUUACGGUAUGGAGGGAACCCUCAGCAAAGCAACAGAAAAGGCGAGACGCCCCUAAAGGUGGCCAACUCCCCGACCAUGGUGAAUCUCCUGUUGGGCAAGGGGACCUACACAUCCAGCGAGGAGAGCUCGACCGCAGAGAGCUCAGAGGAGGAAGACGCCCCGUCGUUCGCGCCUUCUAGCUCAGUUGAGGGCAAUAACACAGACUCUGAAUUUGAGAAGGGCCUAAAGCACAAGGCUAAGAAUCCAGAGCCCCAGAAAACUGUGACCCCUGUCAAGGACGAAUACGAGUUUGACGAGGAUGACGAGCAGGACAGAGUCCCUCCAGUGGACGACAAACACUUACUGAAAAAGGAUUACAGAAAAGAGACUAAAUCAAACAGUUUCAUUUCUAUACCCAAAAUGGAAGUGAAAAGUUACACUAAAAACAACACAAUUGCACCAAAGAAAGCGGCUCACCGAAUCUUGUCAGACACGUCGGACGAGGAGGACGUUGGUGUCACUGUGGGGACAGGAGAGAAGCUGAGACUCUCGGCACAUGCAAUAUUGCCCAGUAACAAAACACGGGAACCUUCCAGUUCCAAGCAGCAGAAGGAAAAAAAUAAAGUGAAAAAGAAGCGAAAGAAAGAAACAAAAGGCAAAGAAGUGCGAUUUGGAAAGAGGAACGACAAGUUCUGCUCAUCGGAGUCGGACAGUGAGUCCUCGGAGAGUGGCGAGGACGAUGGGGACUCGGUGGGGAGCUCCGGCUGCCUCAAGGAGUCCCCGCUGGUGCUGAAGGACCCCUCCCUGUUCAGCUCUCUGUCUGCCUCCUCCACCUCGUCCCACGGGAGCUCUGCUGCCCAGAAGCAGAACCCCAGCCACUCAGACCCGCACGCCAAGCACUGGCGGACAGACAAUUGGAAAACCAUUUCUUCUCCUGCCUGGUCAGAGGUUAGCUCUCUGUCAGACUCCACAAGGACGAGACUGACGAGCGAGUCUGAUUGCUCCUCUGAGGGCUCCAGCGUGGAGUCGCUGAAGCCCGUGAGGAAGAAGCAAGAGCACAGGAAGAGGGGCAGCCUGCAGAGCGCCCUGUCUGAGAAGAAGAGCUCUUUCCAUGCCAGCGUCGAUGGGGCCAUUCCCAAGCUGGACAAGGAGGGGAAGGUCGUCAAGAAACACAAAACGAAACACAAACACAAAAACAAGGAGAAAGGGCUGUGUUCGGUCGGUCAGGAACUCAAGCUGAAAAGCUUCACCUAUGAGUACGAGGACUCCAAGCAGAGGUCCGAGAAGGCCAUACUUCUGGACAACGAUGUAUCCAGCGAAAACAAGUUGAAGGCCUUGAAGCAUGACAGGGACCACUUCAAGAAGGACGAGAGACUUGGCAAAAUGAAGUCAGAGGACAAGGAAUGGCUCUUUAAAGAGGAGGUGGUCAAAGUUUCCAAGGAUGAAAAAUCCCUGAAGAGAAUCAAAGACAUGAGCAGGUCUUUCCGAGAAGAAAAGGACCGUUUAAAUAGAGCAGAAAAGGAGAAAUUAGUGAAAGAAAAGUCUCCUAAAGAGGAAAAACUGAGACUAUACAAAGAGGAAAGGAAGAAAAAGUCCAAAGACAGGCCCUCAAAAUUAGAGAAAAAGAAUGACUUUAAAGAGGACAGACUUUCGAAGGAGAAAGAAAAGACUUUCAAAGAAGAGAAAGAAAAACUGAAAAAAGAAAAGGUUUAUAAAGAAGACUCGUCCGCUUUUGAUGAAUACUGUAACAAGAGUCAGUUUCUGGAGAACGAAGACACCAAGUUCAGCCUUUCUGACGACCAGCAGGACAGGUGGUUUUCCGACCUGUCCGACUCGUCCUUUGAUUUCAAAGGGGACGACAGCUGGGAUUCUCCGGUGACAGACUACAGGGACGUGAAGAGUGACCCUGUGGCCAGACUGAUCCUGGAGACAGUGAAAGAGGACAGCAAGGACAAGAAGCGGGAAAACAAGGGCCGCGAGAAGCGAGACUAUGGGGACAAGCGGAACGACAGGGACGCUUUCUUCAGGAAGAAGGACAGGGACUGUCUGGACAAGAGCUGCGAGAGGAGGAAGGAGCAGAUGGAGAAGCACAAAGGCGUCCCCACCUGCCUUCCCGAGAAGGACAAAAAGAGGAGGGAGUCUGCCGAGGGCGGGCGGGACCGGAAGGACCCCCUCGAGGGCACCAAGGAGCGCAAGGACGGCAGGGCCAAGCCCGAGGAGGCGUUCCGGGAGGAGCUGAAGGAGCUGGGCGGCGAGGCCAGCUUCAAGGACAGGCCUGACUGCGACUUCGGGAAGGGCCUGGAGCCCUGGGAGAGGCUCCACCCCGCCAGAGAGAAGGAGAGGAAGGAGAAAGUGAAAUUAGAGAAAUACAAAGACAAGUCCAGUGACAAAGAUAAAAGCGAAAAACCCAUCCUUGAGAAAUGUCAGAAGGACAAGGAAUUUGACAAAUGUUUUAAAGAGAAAAAAGAUAGCAAGGAGAAACAUAAAGAUACACACAGCAAAGACAAGGAGAGGAAAGCGUCUCUCGACCAAGUUAAGGAAAAGAGGGAGAAGACUUUCCCUGGGCUUCUCUCCGAGGACUUCCCUGAGAAGAAGGACGAGAAGAAGGGAAAGGAGAAGAGCUGGUACAUCGCAGACAUCUUCACCGACGAGAGCGAGGACGAGAAAGACGAGUAUGCUGCCAGCGGGCUCAGACUCGGGGAGGCCGGGGACCCGCCCCGAGUGGACGGCCCCCCGGACCCCGACCGGCACCGGAAGCACUCUGCCGACCGGCAGCACUCAGAGAAGCAGAAAGACCGGGAGCUCCGAGAAAAGAAAAAGGAGAAGGGAGCCCUAGAAGGGGGCAAAGACAAGAAAGAGAAAGUCCUCGAGAAGCACAAAGACAAGAAGGAUAAAGACUCCGCAGAAAAGUACAAGGACAGGAAAGACCGGAUGUCCGUCGACUCCACUCAGGAAAAGAAAAACAAACAGAAGCCCCCAGAGAAGGUGGAGAGGAAGCCCCCUGCCGAGGACAAGGCCAAGAGCAGGCACCGGGACAGGCCAGACAGGGAGCACUGCCGAGACAGGAAGGCAUCGAGGAGCACGGAGGCCGAGAAGAGCCUGCUGGAGAAGCUGGAGGAGGAGGCCCUGCACGCGUACAGGGAGGACUCCAACGACAAGGCCAGCGAGGUGUCCUCGGACAGCUUCACGGACCGCGGGCAGGAGCCAGGCCUCAGCGCCCUCCUGGAGGUGUCCUUCACAGAGCCCCCCGAGGAGAAGGUCAAGGAGAAAGAGAGGCACAGACACUCUUCGUCCUCGUCCAAGAAAAGCCACGAUCGAGAGAGAAUCAAGAAAGACAAGUCCGAGAAAAGAGAGAAGAGCGAUGAUUACAAGGACUCUGGCGGCAGGAAGGACCCCGGCCAGUACGACAAAGACUUCUCGGACGCCGACGCUUAUGGGAUCCCUUACGGCACGAAAGCCGACGUGGAGGACGGGUUAGAUAAAGCCAUCGAGCUCUUCUCCACUGAGAAGAAAGAUAAGAACGAUUCUGAAAGAGAACCCUCCAAGAAAGUAGAGAAGGAGCUGAAGCCCUACGGGUCCAGCACCGCCAGCGCCCUCAAGGAGAGAAGGAGGAGGGAGAAGCACCGGGAGAAGUGGAGGGACGACAGGGACAAGCACCGUGACAGGCACGGGGACGGGCUCCUGCGGCACCACAAGGACGAGCAGAGGCCUGCGGCCAGAGACAAGGACAAUCCUCCGAACCCGCUCAGAGACAAGUCCAGGGAGGAGAGCCUGAAACUCAGCGAGACCAAACUGAAGGAGAAGUUCAAGGAGAACCCAGAGAAAGAGAAGGGUGACCCGGCAAAGGUCAGCAACGGAAACGAGAAGCUGCCGGUGUCCAGAGACGUGGGCAAGAGAGACGCGCGGCCCAGAGAGAAGCUUCUGGGCGACGGUGACCUGAUGAUGACCAGCUUCGAGCGCAUGCUGUCCCAGAAGGACCUGGAGGUCGAGGAGCGGCACAAGAGACACAAGGAGAGGAUGAAGCAGAUGGAGAAGAUGCGGCACAGGUCCGGGGACCCGAAGCUCAAGGAGAGGAUGAAGACCGCCGAGGACGCGCGCAAGAAGAGUCUGGACGCCCCUCCCAAGAAGCCGCCGGCGCUGGACCCCGCCCUGAAGGACAGGAAGCUCAAGGAGUCUGCUCCUGCUCCGCCCGCCGCCGAGAACAAGCCCCACCCGGGACCAGCUGUGGACGCGAGGGACUGGUUGGCAGGGCCGCACAUGAAAGAGGUCCUGCCCGCUUCUCCCAGGCCUGACCAGGGCCGGCCCACCGGGGUCCCCACGCCCGCAUCCGUGGUGUCGUGCCCCAGCUACGAGGAGGCCAUGCACACGCCCAGGACACCGUCCUGCAGCGCCGACGAGUACUCCGACCUCAUUUUCGACUGUGCAGACCCCCAGCCCGUGUCCAGCACGUCCGCCCGCGCCUGCUCCCCUUCCUUCUUCGACAGGUUCUCUGUAGCGGCGGGUGGGGUUUGUGAGACCGCGAGCCAGACGCCUACGAGGCCGUUGUGCACAAGCCUUUACCGCUCGGUCUCCGUUGAUAUCAGGAGGACCCCCGAGGAGGAAUUCAGCCCUGGGGACAAGCUGUUCAGACAGCAGAGCGUCCCCACCGCGUCCACUUACGACUCACCGGGGCAGCACCUGGAGGACAAGGCCCCUGGGCCCCCAGGUCCUGCCGAGAAGUUUGCCUGCUUGUCUCCGGGGUAUUAUUCCCCAGACUAUGGCAUCCCCUCCCCCAAAGCGGACGCUCUGCACUGCCCGCCUGCGGCCGCGGUCAACACCACCCCCUCCCCAGAGGGUGCCUUCCCUGGUUUACAAGCGAAGUCCCCCCCUCCACACAGAGAUGAGCUGUUGGCCCCAUCCAUGGAGGGAGCCCUUCCGCCUGACUUGGGCAUCCCCCUGGAUGCCACGGAGGACCAGCAGGCCACUGCCGCCAUCAUCCCCCCGGAGCCCAGCUACCUGGAACCACUGGACGAGGGGCCCUUCAGCACGGUCAUCACGGAGGAGCCCGUUGAGUGGGCGCACCCGGCGGCCUCGGAGCAGGGCCUCUCCUGCAGCCUGAUCGGGGGCGCCCCUGAGAACCCCGUCAGCUGGCCUGUGGGGCCGGACCUCCUGCUUAAGUCCCCACAGCGACUCCCAGAGUCCCCGCAGCAUUUCUGCCCCAGUGAGGCCGUCCACCCUGCUGCGCCGGGGCCCUUUGGGGCCACAGAGCCCCCUUACCCAGGCUCCCCUGACUCGUACCCUCUGUCGGCCACCGAGCCUGGACUUGAGGGCGCCAAAGGUGACGUGGGGGAGGCGGUCCCGGCCUCUGUCUCCGCCCCAGAGGAACCAGCCGCCUUUGCCCCUGCCUCCAGGCUGGAGCCGUUCUUCUCCAACUGCAAGCCGCUGCCGGAAGCAGCCCCCGACACGGCCCCGGAGCCUGCGUGUUUGACCACCGUGGCUCAGGUGGAGGCUCUGGGGCCCAUGGAGAGUAACUUCUUGGAAAAUGGGCAUGACCUGUCGGCCCUCGGCCAGGUGGAGCCGGUGCCCUGGCCCGACGGCUUCCCCAGCGCCGAGGACGACUUAGAUCUCGGGCCCUUUUCCUUGCCAGAUCUUCCCCCUCUUCAAGCGAAAGACGUUUCCGACGUCGAAACAGAACCUAUAGAAGAGCCUGCCCUCGUUCCUCCGGAAGAGACCCCGGCGGGGCCCCCUGUGGUCCUGAAUGGCGGGGAUGGCCCUGCCGCAGCCGCCGAGGACCAGCCCCUGCGGCCUCCUGACCAGGUGGCCCCCCGGCUUGCCGCAGAGCCUGAGCCCGAGCCCCCGGAGGAGCCCCAGCCAGAUGCCACGGUGGAAGCCGCGGUAGAAGCAGGGGCCGUGUCGGAGGGGAGGGUCCCUGAGGACUCCGACUCCAGCCUGGGGCCCGCGCCGGCACCCCCCGAGCAGCAACCGCCAGGGAGUGGAGAGGAGGCGGCCGAGGGCCAAGAUGCGCCGGCCGCAUCCCACAGCGUGCCCGACGCCCCCGUGGACGGCUCGGCCGUGGCGGACGGGGCCGGCCCACUCGACAGUGCCGGUCUCGAGGGGCCGCUGGGCAGCAUGCAGCCCGAAGUGAUGGAACCAGAACCCAAACCCGCGGCCGAAGCCCCCAAGGCCCCCAAAGUGGAGGAGAUCCCCCAGCGCAUGACCAGGAACCGGGCCCAGAUGCUGGCCAACCAGAACAAGCAGAGCUCGCCCCCCUCGGAGAAGGAGCCCGUCCCCGCACCCGCCCCCCGAGCAAAGGGCCGCUGCUGUGAGGAGGACGACCCCCAGGCCCAGCACCCACGCAAGCGCCGCUUCCAGCGCUCCAGCCAGCAGCUGCAGCAGCAGAUGAACACGUCCACACAGCAGACGCGGGAAGUGAUCCAGCAGACGCUGGCCGCCAUCGUGGACGCCAUCAAGCUGGACGACAUCGAGCCCUACCACAGCGACAGGUCCAACCCCUACUUCGAAUACUUGCAGAUCAGGAAGAAGAUCGAGGAGAAGCGCAAGAUCCUCUGCUACAUCACCCCUCAGGCACCCCAGUGCUACGCCGAGUACGUUACCUAUACGGGCUCCUACCUCCUGGACGGCAAGCCGCUCAGCAAGCUGCACAUCCCCGUGAUUGCGCCCCCUCCCUCCCUGGUGGAGCCCCUGAAGGAGUUGUUCAAGCAGCAGGAGACGGUGCGGGGCAAGCUGCGUCUGCAGCACAGCAUCGAGCGGGAAAAGCUCAUCGUCUCCUGCGAGCAGGAGAUCCUGCGGGUUCACUGCCGGGCGGCGAGGACCAUCGCGAACCAGGCGGUACCGUUCAGUGCCUGCACCAUGCUGCUGGACUCAGAGGUCUACAACAUGCCCUUGGAAAGUCAGGGGGAUGAGAACAAGUCCGUGCGCGACCGGUUCAAUGCCCGCCAGUUCAUCUCCUGGCUCCAGGACGUGGACGACAAGUAUGACCGCAUGAAGACGUGUCUCCUGAUGCGGCAGCAGCACGAGGCCGCGGCUCUCAACGCCGUGCAGAGGAUGGAGUGGCAGCUGAAGGUCCAGGAGCUGGACCCCGCCGGGCACAAGUCCUUGUGCGUCAACGAGGUGCCCUCCUUCUACGUGCCCAUGGUCGACGUCAACGACGACUUCGUGCUUCUGCCAGCCUGACGCACCUCGGCACGGCCACACAGGACACGGGCGAGGGCCACACGCGUCUGCCCAGCGCUGCCGCCACGUCCAGGCAGUGGAGGGAGACCUUGUCCCUCAGGUGGGGACACCCAGGGAGAGACCCGCACUUUGCCCCCUGGGGCAGGGCUCUGUAAUACCAGCUGCCGCGGGAGGCCGAGGAGACCUCGGGGACGCAGAUGCGGACACGGCGGCCGGGGUCUGCCCUCCAGCCGGCUGCACGGGCAUUUCAGGAGCUGCAGAACCGAGUGUAUUUUUUAAAAUUUCUUGUUCCAUUCUGAUCAACUAAAAGAAAAUUAAGGCGUCCACCCCUCAGAAACCGCGCCCUCCAGGUCUGAGGGCAGGGAGAGUGCGGACCCAGCUGCUGCCCGGCUGCCCCGGGCCUCAGUCGGGCUGGGACGCUGUGCGGGGGGAAGGGCCGGCCGCCCGCCCGCCCGCCCGCCACGGACUCGGAGCCGGGACUCGGGUUGUGUUUUUAAUGGAGUCAAAUCCACGUGGUUUGUAUAUUUUUUCCUUUAAUCUUGGGCAUUUUGUUUCUCUUUCUGAGAACAUAACUUGAAACACUACAGAGCCAAUAAUCAUAUAAAAAGUAUACCCGUAAACGCUGUACAGUUUUAUACACAUUCACAAUGUACUUUUGCUGCCUUCUAGAUAAUUUAUUUUGCAACACAUACUGCACAGUUGUAAAUAACUUCUGUACUGUAACAUCACUUCAGUUAUGUGUAAAGAAAUAAAUAAAUUAAUUAAA